AUGAGGCAUGUUAGUCUCAUCAGCACUCUUUUGGGAAUAUUUAUCGGAUAUUUUGUCGGAUCACAAAUUGUUCACGAUUUAAAUUCAGAAGAUGAAUUUAUGUACGAUAAUCGAUCUCAGCCUCAAAAUCAUAAAUUGGAUCAUGUGCAUGAAGAAUCAGCUGUUCAAAAGGAUUUAUACAAAGAAGUUCGAGUUCUUUGUUGGAUCAUGAGCAAUCCAAAAAAUCUAAAGAAGCAAAAAGCUGUUUUUGAGACUUGGGGAAAGCGAUGUAAUAAAUUUCUCAUCAUGAGUAGUGAAAAAGCAGAGAAUUUACCGGUUGUAGCGUUGCCUGUGAAAGAAGGAAGAAAAAAUUUGUGGGCAAAAACGAAGGAGGCUUUUAAAUAUGUUUACAAAAAUCAUCUUGAUGACGCUGAUUGGUUCUUAAAAGCUGAUGAUGACACUUACGUCAUUCUCGAAAACCUUCGUGCCUUUUUAUAUCAACACGACACAAAUGAUCCUAUUUAUUUCGGAUGUCACUUGAAAGGAAAAGUCGAACAAGGAUUCAAUUCUGGAGGUGCUGGUUACGUUUUAAGCAAAGAAGCUCUCAAACGAUUCAUUAAAGAAGCUCUUCCCAACAGCGAAAAAUGUCGUAAGCACCCAAAUGGCGCCGAGGAUGUCACUAUGGGCAAAUGUUUGCAAAAUGUGGGUGUCAAAGUAGGAGAUACUCGUGAUAAAGAAGGAAAAAGUCGUUUUCUACCAAUGAAACCGAACACUCACAUGUUCCCGAAACACAAUAAUUUCGAUAAAUGGUACUACUUGCAUAGUUUCCAUCCAACUACGGAAGGUCUGAAUUGCUGUUCCGAAGAAACGAUAUCCUUUCAUUACAUUCCUCCCCUAAAAAUGUACGGAUUGGAGUAUUUAAUUUAUCAUUUGAAGCCGUAUGGAGUACAGCCGUAUUAUGAAUUGCCCGAAAAAAUCAAGAAAAAUUAA